AUGGGAACGCUCCAAGAAGCUGUUACUACCUUGGCAAGAGAUGGCAAUACACUCCAAGUUCGCACCAUCGUCGCGAUGAUUGGCAACGGUGCAGAACCAGCAGGGUACUUCCGACACAUGCUUGAAAGGAAGCCAUCGGCACAGCCAUUUCCCACGACAUCUGUCGCGCCAUUCUUCCCAAGCGCGCUAGACACCUUCACCAUACCCUGCAGUUGUCCUUUCCCAGCGUCCAGCAUCAACAUCGCCACCUUCAGUCCGUUUAAUCUCGUGGGCAUCGGUAUGAUUAAGCAUAAAGAUCAAACUAUUAGCUUGGAGACAGGCCUAAAUGGAAUCGCGAGCGUGACAAGGUACUUUAACAAAGACAGAUGGAUGUAG